AUGACAAAGCGUUCGUUAGCUUCUGAAGACAGUGAUGAUGAUGAAAUUCAAGCCAGUUCAAGUGAAGCUCGUAUUGACUCGCCACAUACAAAAAAGAGAAGAUUUGUUGAAUUUGAACCUAUUAGAAUUUGUAGUAUUGGAAGUGUGAAAGAAAUUGAACACAAAGUUCUUCGAGCACAGCAUUACAAGCUUUGUGAACGCUUUCGAUAUAAACAAAAAAUUCAACAAGAAUUCGAGAAAAGGAUUGAGGAAUUUGAACGUCGACAAGUUCAGGAUGAUGCUGUUAAUUGUAUUAUUAACAGAUAUUGGAACAGGUUAGAUGCAGACAUUCAACUUUUGUUGCAACGUUUUGGUGAAGAAACACCUCAAUUACAACUUGACACGGAAGCUAAAGAAGAAACAACGAGCAGUCCACCCCAGGGCAAACAUUUUCUUAAUUUACUUGCUCAAUGGAGCUGUGAUGAAUUGGACGAUAAAAUGAAGCAAAGGGUUGAAUUUAGUCAACGGGCAAUUGCAAAAUUGUUGUUGACAUGUGCUAGAAUAAGUGAAAGGAAUGGUAGGCUGUGUGAUUUAUUAAAAGAUUAUGGGAACAAUGAAAACAAACUGGUUAGCGAUUCUGACCAAACAGCAAAAAUUAAUGAAGAAUUACAAUCUUAUGCAACCUCAGUUUUUGAAGAAAACGUGUCUAACAAAAAACUUGUCAAUGAAUUACAAACAGAAAAUCAUCGUUUAAGUUUGCAGUCUUCUUCCUGUGAUGAUAAAAUUGCAUUAAUGGAAUCUAAGGUGGAAACAUUAAACAAUGAAAUUGAGGAUCUUCGUUGUCAAUUGUUAAAGUCCUUUAGGAGAGAAGAAAAACUUGACUUUCGACUUGCUGAGUACAUAAAAAAAGAAAAUAGUCUAGUACAAGUUCAAGAAGCUGCUUCAAUUACCAAAAAUUUGACUCAAAUUGAAAAUGGGGCUAUAAAUGAAGAAGUUGCUAGUUUGAGUAAAUCAAAGUUGGAAGAAUUACAACAAGAUUUGGAAAUUCAAACAGAUUUGGCUAACAACCGUUUAACAGAACUUAAAGAAAUUACAGAAAGAAAUAAAUCGUUGUCUGCUGAAGUUGAAUGUUGUAAAAUGAAGAUGAAAUACAUUUCGCCGGAGGAUAUUAAAAAUUCGAAUGAAUAUUUGUUUUUACAAACUUCUUUUUCUUCACUUUUUGAGGAUUGUAAAUUACAAAAAAAAGAAAUUGAAGAUUUAAAACAAGCAAAUGCCCAGAUUAAACAACAUUAUGAGGAACGAAUUAGUUCAAUGCAGAUUGAUGAAACAACAGCAUUAGAACGUUUUCAACAAACUGUAUGUGAACUAGAUAAUGAUUUAAAUUUGGCAAGAAAAGAAUAUGAAAAUGUUUGUGUAGAUUAUGAAAUAAAUACAAUCUCAAAAGAACAAGCAAUUCCAAUACAAGAACAAGUUAAUUCUUUAAUGAAUACUUUAAGUACACAAAAUACUCAAUUAAAACAAGAAGUUGCUAGAUUAAAAAGAAAAUUGCAAGAAGCUUUUGAACAACUUAAUAUGUGCAAUAAAGAAUUGGAAGGUGAAAGGCGUUUAAAUAAUGACAAUUAUUUGAUUAUUAAAUUAGAAGAAAAUUCUUCCUCUUCUUUUCAUCAAUUAAAUUCUACAACACAACAUCAUCAUCAAAUUCCAUCGGAUCAUUCAUCCCCAGUAAAUUCAGAAAAUACUCACAAUUCAAAUAAUGCUAUGGAUAAUGUUAUAGAUAGUGGUUUAAUUAAAAAAGAAGAGCCUAUGGAUGUUUCUAGCCAAAAUGGAGAGGAUCAUCCUAGUAAGCCUCAUGUUGUCUCAACAUCAUCAGGUAACAAUCAUAGACCGGAUUCGUCCAAUUCUGCCUCCUCACGUCCCUGUACUCCUGCGGAUCUUGGAGCUGAAAAUCAACGUUUACGAAUGGAAAGGGAUCGUUUUAAAGAAAAAUUGAGACAAUUAGCUAAAACAGAUUUACAUGAAAAAAGAAAAUAUUGGACAGAAGAACAAAAAAGAAAAAUAAAACAUUUGGAAGAAGUGUGUGAAAAAAAAAUUAGAGAAUUACAAAAUGCAAAACAAGAGGAAGAUGGGUUAAUGCAGGAAAUGGAGUCUAUUGGGCAAGCUUUUGAAGAGCUUCAGGAACAGAAUAAAAAAUUGUUGGAACAAUUACGCGAAAAAGAAGAAGUUAAUCUAAAAUUAAUGUCUGAACGUAUUCGAAGUACUCAAGGACAGAAAAAAAUUAAGGAUGAAAAAGAUUUGUUAAGUAAAACAAUUCAAUCAAUGGAGAAUCAAUUAGCAGCAAAAAUGUUGCUUUGCCAAAAAUUGGAAGAAAAGGAAAGAAUUUUAAUUGAACAAAGGGGGACUUUGGAACACGAAAUUAGAAUUCGUGAACAACACAACGAGUCAUUGAAAAAGAAGGCUUGUGAAUUUUCACAAUUAUCUACGGACUUGAAACUUCGUUUGGAACGUUUGGAUGUUCAAUUUAAUGAAUUGAGAGAGAAUGUAAUAAAAAAAGCUUCGACACACGAAGCUGAUGCUAACAAAAUUAAACGUUUGGAGGAAGAAAAAAGUUCAAUGAAACGUAAGCUUGAUAGAGCAAAGAAAAUGGAAAAAUUGGAAAAUGUAGAUCAAGUUAUACAAGAAGAAAAUCGAAUAUUGAGGGAGUCAUUAACAUGUCCAAGUUGUAAAGUUAGACGUAAAAAUGCAAUACUUGAAAAAUGUCAUCAUGUAUUUUGCUUUGAAUGUAUUCGUCAACGUUAUGAUAAUCGUCGAAGAAAAUGUCCAAAGUGUAACGCGGCGUUUGGAGCGAAUGAUUAUCAUAGAAUUUAUUUGGAAUAG